GGUUUGCUUCCCGCUGCCUCGUCCCGGCAGUCUUAUUUAUAGGAGAGAAGGGACGCGACGCUCUGUCUUCCGCAGCCGCACUGAAGUGAAGCAGCCACUUCCCUCCGACGAUCAUUUCCUCUCAUCUCCCUCUUCCUCCAGAUCGUUUGCUGCCAUGGCCGACGUUGAGACCGGUGAGGCCGAGACCUUCGCCUUCCAGGCGGAGAUCAACCAGCUUCUCAGCCUGAUCAUCAAUACCUUCUACAGCAACAAGGAGAUCUUCCUUAGGGAGCUCAUCAGCAACUCCUCUGAUGCCUUGGACAAGAUCAGAUUCGAAAGCCUGACAGACAAGAGCAAGCUUGAUGCUCAGCCCGAGCUAUUCAUUCGACUAGUUCCCGACAAGGUUAACAAAACCCUAACCAUAACUGAUAGUGGAAUCGGCAUGACGAAAUCUGACUUGGUGAACAAUUUGGGAACAAUUGCAAGGUCUGGAACUAAAGAGUUCAUGGAGGCAUUGCAGGCUGGAGCUGAUGUGAGCAUGAUCGGUCAAUUUGGAGUAGGUUUUUAUUCUGCCUACUUGGUUGCUGAGAAGGUUAUUGUUGUCACCAAGCACAAUGAUGACGAGCAGUAUAUUUGGGAAUCUCAAGCGGGUGGCUCAUUUACUGUUACCAGAGACGUCUCUGGUGAAAAUCUGGGCCGAGGAACCAAAAUUGUGCUCCACCUGAAGGAGGACCAGCUGGAAUAUUUGGAGGAGAGGAGGCUGAAGGACCUCGUAAAGAAGCACUCUGAGUUCAUUAGCUACCCGAUCAACUUGUGGACUGAAAAAACCACAGAAAAGGAGGUGAGCGAUGAUGAGGAGGAAGAGAAAAAAGAAGAAGAGGGAGCUGUAGAGGACGUUGAUGAGGAGAAGGAGACCAAAAAGAAGAAGAAAGUGAAGGAGGUUUCUCAUGAAUGGUCCCUUAUUAACAAGCAGAAACCUAUCUGGAUGAGGAAACCAGAAGAGAUCACCAAGGAAGAAUAUGCUUCCUUCUACAAGAGCCUGACUAAUGACUGGGAAGACCAUCUUUCUGUGAAACACUUCUCCGUUGAAGGUCAGCUUGAGUUCAAAGCCAUUCUUUUUGUUCCCAAGCGUGCACCUUUUGAUUUGUUUGACACAAGGAAGAAGAUGAACAACAUCAAACUCUAUGUGCGACGUGUCUUCAUCAUGGACAACUGUGAGGAACUCAUUCCCGAGUACCUUGGUUUUGUGAAGGGUGUUGUUGAUUCGGAUGAUCUUCCUCUUAACAUUUCCCGUGAGAUGCUUCAGCAAAACAAGAUCCUUAAGGUGAUCAGAAAGAAUCUUGUCAAGAAAUGCAUUGAGCUGUUCUCUGAAAUUGCCGAAAACAAGGAUGACUACAACAAAUUCUAUGAGUCUUUCUCAAAGAAUCUCAAGUUGGGUAUCCAUGAGGACAGCCAGAACAGAGGUAAGUUGGCGGACUUGCUGAGGUAUCAUUCGACAAAGAGUGGUGAUGAGCUCACGAGCCUGAAGGACUAUGUGACCAGGAUGAAGGAAGGCCAGAAGGACAUUUAUUACAUAACGGGUGAGAGCAAGAAGGCUGUUGAGAAUUCUCCCUUCCUGGAAAGAUUGAAGAAGAAAGGAUACGAGGUCCUUUUCAUGAUUGACGCAAUUGAUGAGUAUGCUGUUGGACAGCUCAAGGAAUAUGACGGGAAGAAGUUGGUUUCAGCAACAAAGGAAGGGUUGAAGUUGGAGGAAACAGAGGAGGAGAAGAAGAAAAAGGAGGAGAAGAAGGCUGCUUUUGAAGGUCUGUGCAAGGUGAUGAAGGAUAUAUUGGGCGAUAAGGUAGAGAAGGUGGUCGUAUCAGAUAGGAUUGUCGAUUCUCCCUGCUGUCUGGUGACAGGUGAAUAUGGGUGGACAGCCAACAUGGAAAGAAUCAUGAAGGCUCAGGCCCUGAGGGAUAGCAGCAUGUCUUCAUACAUGUCAAGCAAGAAGACUAUGGAGAUCAACCCAGAGAAUGCGAUAAUGGAAGAGCUGAGGAAGCGAUCAGAUGCUGACAAGAACGACAAAUCAGUGAAGGACCUGGUCCUCUUGCUGUUUGAAACUGCAUUGCUCACUUCUGGGUUCAGCCUGGAUGACCCGAACACCUUUGGAGGAAGGAUCCAUAGGAUGUUGAAGCUGGGUUUGAGCAUUGACGAAGACGAAGCUGCUGCUGGUGAAGAUACUGACAUGCCCGCCCUGGAGGAUGAUGGUAACGAGGAGAGCAAGAUGGAAGAAGUUGACUAAGAGUGUCACAGGCGUAGCCAUAGUAUUGGUGCGACGUCUGAAGUUUUUGUUUGUUGAACUUGGUUUCUGCUACAGUUUUAUUUUUUUAAUGUUUUUUGCUUGGUAUUAUUAGCUGUCAGAGGAAUAGGUAGAGAUGCUAAUUCUGGGUUAUGUUUUUCGUGGAUUUGUUUCUCCUUUCCCAUAGUUUAAUGAGUUUUUAACUCAAUAUUUAGCUACUACGCCUGGACCGUCACUGUUGGGAUUCUUGUUAAUAUUUGAGCCUGUCAACCUUUCCUGGUUUC